AAAGAUGGUUCACCCCUUUUGUACAUUUUAAAAGGACCAGCAGGGAAGCCUCCGUGCAACCACAUGGUGAGCCCAUGACAGCUGAGGGGACGAGCUUUGGGACAUUGGGAGAGAGGAGGUGUUUGAGGCAAAGAUGGGAAAGAAUCCACCAUCAAGGCUUGAAUCUGAAUUCACAUAACACUUCACAUGGGGCUAUGGGCUGUGUGGGGUCCAGUGGAGAACAUGUGGAAGCUUUGGGCAGCAAUCUUGGACUCCCCAGCUACAUGCAUCGGCCUUUCUGAGCAUGGUGGUCAGUGUGCCCGCCAUGUGCUGAGGGUGUGGGCCCCAGUAGUGUGCAUGGUGGAGCUGCAGUUUCCAGGGCUCCCACCAGCCUUCCUGGAUGACAUCCGUGUGUGUCAUGGAGCUACAGGUUCAGAGCCAGGGGCGACUCGCAGGUUCCCACGUUGCUUGGAAAAGGGGAAGCGGGGUGCACCCCCCACGUCCCUCCCCAGCUCCCUCUCUCCCCGCGUGGGGGCCAUCAACCUUCCUUCUGUGAUUCUGCACCUUCGGUUCCGUUUACAUCUGUUGCUGCAUGAAACUGGCUCAGCGUCUCUCCGAGUUGACACAGAGCUAUUUGUAGACAGUGCUCACUGGGGCCACCAGGCCCUGGGCAAGUCUGGACUGAGCCUGCCCCACUUGCCUCCUGGGGUGUCUAGACCCUUCUCUGGCCAGCUUCUGUCUUCUGACCUUGGGUGUGAUCCCAUAGCUGCUCCUCACCCAGUUUCACCCCUCUGUGAGGUCACACGUCACCAAAACCUUUCUCACCCGUUUCUUAGUGGUGGACGCUGAGUCCCUCUUCGAGGACCCACCAGCCAGCCUGAGCUGCAGGCCUGGCCUCCUUCCGUCCACCUGGCUGGUGACGUGGCCACAGGUCACACUGGUGCUCAACUCUACCUCCUGCCCACGGGCCCCUCCCUGGCCUGUGACCCCCUUGCUCGGGACUGUUCUGUGGUGGGUGCCCCGAGGGCUGCUGUUAUGGGAGAGGUGAGGUGGGGAGGGGCUGCAGCGCCUGUGAGCAGGAUCCUGGCUGAGGCCUGGCUGCCAGCAGGGUAGGGUGGGCAGAGGAGGCCCCACCCAUCCUGUCCUGCCAGCAGGAACCCCUUCUUUGGACAUUGUUUUGAGGAAACGGAUGAUCCUGCAUUCACCAUAUCAACACUACCCUUCGCUGCUGUCCACACUUGCACUAUUCCUGGGCUCGUUUUGGACAGUUUUAGUUUCUUUGUACAGUAAACAUAAUUCAGCUCUGGCCUCCAGGCUGCGUUGUGAGUGAAUGAAAGUCUGGCUUUAACCCACUGGGCUGAGUGGCGGGUGGAGAGGUGGCACUGCGGAGGGCUGCUUUGUUCCUGCUCCAUCCCCCAUGACUGCCUUGCUGAGCUCCAAACGGUUUCAGGCCUCCCUGCGUUUCUAGGUGGACCUGGAAGCAGCUCUCCCCAGCUGUUCCUGCCUGUGCAGUAGUCCAACCCAUGGCCGCUGAGACCAUCUGCUGCCUGCUGCCCCCGAGGCCGGAACCUGGGAUAUUGAGCUCUCACUAGUGUCCUGGGCAGGGCCUACCAGGUACCCUCUGCUGCUUGAGCAAGUGGCGGACCAGAAGAACUGUCCCCCGAGACUGACCACAACUGAGAACCCAGGCCUUGGGGCCACCAGCACCCUCAGUGGGAGAGCCACCCACUUAAAAGGGUAUGUAGGGCUCAGCUCAGGGGUGCGGCAGACGCCCUGGAGGUCGGCAGGGCUGGGGUUAGGGGGGCAGUUGCUCUGAACGUAGCCCCCACGCUUGGAGACCGCUGCCUCUGGCUGUGGCUAUACAGGGCUGGGGACCCAUGGUGUCCUCCACACCUGGGGUGUCUCUUGGUCUCAUUUGGACCAAACCAGGCUCUUAUUACCCUGUCUCUCAGGUCAGCCAGACAGACACAGGGUCACAGGACACUCUCCCAUCCAGUCUCAGAGCAGGCACUCCUGGGGCCCCAGACCCCUGGGAAAAGCUCAUUCUGGCAGUGGCUGCAUUUGAUCUCCCCACUGACCCCACGCCCAGGAGGAGCUUUCAUCCUUCCUGAAUGUUACAGGGGCCUGGAGGGGCAGGCGAAGACCUUUGGGUCCUUGCAGUUCCUUAAGCUCUCCUGGGACACGCUGUUCUCAGGGUGCUCUUAGAUGCCCUUGAUCUCUCUCAGGACUGCGCUGCCCCACGCAGGGCCACACACAGCCGCUGAGAUUCAGAUCAGUCCAAGUAAACACCCUCACCGCGUCUCUCGUGUCCACAGCCCUUGUGACUGGCGCCUGUGCCAGCCAGCACACACAGACCGUUCCCUCCCUGCCCACUGCUCUUGGACCCCACUUUUUUGGCAACCACCAUAAACCGUUGAGGAAGGGCCUGAACCAGGAGACAGGUGCCUGGGUUUCAGCAGGGGCGGGAAGCAGGCUCUCUAAAUGCAAAGUUCUGCCAUGCCUCAGGCUCCCCCAGGCCGUGCCCAUCAGGUACCUUUGUGCUGCAAAGGCCUCACCUCCAGUAGGAAGGGUUUAGAUUUGACCCCAAGACCUGCUGGCACGGUGUGACCACGAGAAGGGGUAUGGGGAAGGUUGUGGAAUCAUCCUUGGGAAGGGAACAGAACCCCACCGUUGCUGGGCUUAACGCAGAGCCCCUGCACCUUUGCCUGGACAUAGUGACUACCAGGUGGCAGGCCAGCCUGGCCUGCUCUGGGGAAGACCCAGGCCCAGGGUUGGAUGGGGGAGCCGGAGGGGUUGGCCAGCCCUGCCCCCUCUUGCAGGGCAGCUUUGAUCCCAGGGCCUGGAGGGAGGAGGGGCUCCGGUUACAGCGUUUCCCCCUCCUGUCUCUGGCCAGAGCCGCCCUUCUCCGCCCCUUGGUGACCCUCAUGGCCAGUGUCUCUGUGCUCCUGGGCGCUGGCCCCUCCCCAGCCUUCCUCUCCUCUCCCCGCCCCCUGCCCUGAGCUGACCAGAGGGGCCAGGAGGGGGAGGGGCUGGUGCCACAUGCACAGACUCAGCCCGGAACCCACCCAGCCUGAGACUUGAGCGUCUGCUGUGAGCUCCGACCUUGGGGGACAGAGGGGAGUCCAGGGGCAGAGGGCAGGGGCACCGAUCACAGAUCCGGGAGGGUGGAUGCCUGCAGGGAGUGGGGAUCGGCAGGGCCUGAGGAGGGGCUAGCAGCCACACCCCCCACCCCCUGGUCCCUCGGUCCCCAUGCCGGCCCUGAGGCCACUCCUGCUGCUGUUGCUCCUGGUUGGGCUGACUGCGGGGGCCAGCCUGCCGCCGGGGCCCGGGAGCCACCCGGGUGUGUGCCCCAACCAGCUCAGCCCCAACCUGUGGGUGGACGCCCAGAGCACCUGUGAGCGUGAGUGCGUCAGAGACCAGGACUGCGCUGCCACUGAGAAGUGCUGCACCAACGUGUGUGGGCUGCAGAGCUGCGUGGCAGCCCGCUUCCCUGACGGCGGCCUGGCCACACCCAAGCUGGCGGCCUCAUGUGAUGGCUUCAUGUGCCCACAGCAGGGCUCCGACUGCGACAUCUGGGAUGGGCAGCCUGUGUGCCGCUGCCGUGACCGCUGUGAGAAGGAGCCCAGCUUCACCUGCGCCUCAGACGGCCUCACCUACUACAACCGCUGCUACAUGGACGCCGAGGCCUGCCUGCGUGGCCUCCGCCUGCACGUCGUGCCCUGCAAGCACGUCCUCAGCAGGCCACCCAGCAGCCUCGGGCCCCCCGAGACCACCGCCCGCCCGACACCAGGGGAUGCCCUGGUGCCCCCUGCCCUCUACAGCAGCCCCUCCCCACAGGCAGUGUAUGUAGGGGGCACAGCCAGCCUCCACUGCGACGUCAGUGGCCGCCCGCCACCCGCUGUGACCUGGGAGAAGCAGAGUGACCAGCGGGAGAACCUGAUCAUGCGGCCAGACCAGAUGUAUGGCAACGUGGUGGUCACGAGCAUCGGGCAGCUGGUGCUUUACAAUGCCAGGCUGGAGGACGCCGGCCUCUACACGUGCACCGCACGCAAUGCCGCUGGCCUGCUGCGGGCCGACUUCCCGCUCUCCGUGGUCCAGCGGGAGCUGGCCGAGGACAGGGCCCCAGUGGCCGUCGCCCCAGCCCAAUGCCUGCCCACCACGCAGGCCUGUGUCGGCACCCCCUCUGGCCAGGUCCUCUGGCACUUUGACCCGCAGCGGGGCGGCUGCAUGACCUUCCCAGUUGGCAGCUGUGCCGGGGGUGACCAGGGCUUCGAGACCUACGAGGCGUGCCAGCAGGCCUGCGCCCGUGGCCCCAGGGAUGCCUGCGUGCUGCCGGCCGUGCAGGGCCCCUGCCAGGGCUGGGAGCCGCGCUGGGCUUACAGUCCGCUGCUACAGCAGUGCCACCCCUUUGAGUACAGCGGCUGCGAGGGCAACGGCAACAACUUCGAGAGCCGCGAGAGCUGCGAGGACGCCUGCCCCGUACCGCGGACGCCGCCCUGCCGGGCCUGCCGUCUCCGGAGCAAGCUGGCGCUCAGCCUGUGCCGCAGCGACUUCGCCAUCGUGGGGCGGCUCACAGAGGUGCUGGAGGAGCCCGAGGCGGGCGGCGGCGGCAUCGCUCGCGUGGCCCUGGACGACGUGCUCAAGGAUGACAAGAUGGGCCUCAGGCUCUUGGGCACCAAGUACCUGGAGGUGACGCUGAGCGGUAUGGACCGGUCCUGCCCCUGCCCCAAUGUAACGGCUGGCGACAGCCCGCUGGUCAUCAUGGGCGAGGUGCGAGACGGCGUGGCCAUGCUGGACGCGGGCAGCUACGUCCGCGCGGCCAGCGAGAAGCGCGUCAAGAAGAUCUCGGAGCUGCUAGAGAGGAAGGCCUGCGAGCUGCUCAACCGCUUCCAAGACUAGCCCGCCCA